AUGAGCUAUGAUGUAAAGCCACUCAGCUAUGAUGUACAGCCACUUAGCUAUGAUGUACAGCCACUCAGCUAUGAUGUACAGCCACUUAGCUAUGAUGUACAGCCACUUAGCUAUGAUGUACAGCCAAUCAGCUAUGAUGUACAGCCACUUAGCUAUGAUGUACAGCCACUCAGCUAUGAUGUACAGCCACUUAGCUAUGAUGUACAGCCACUUAGCUAUGAUGUACAGCCACUCAGCUAUGAUGUACAGCCACUUAGCUAUGAUGUACAGCCACUCAGCUAUGAUGUAAAGCCACUCAGCUAUGAUGUACAACCAAUCAGCUAUGAUGUACACCCAAUCAGCUAUGAUGUACAGCCACUCAGCUAUGAUGUACAGCCACUCAGCUAUGAUGUACAGCCACUCAGCUAUGAUGUACACCCAAUCAGCUAUGAUGUACAGCCACUCAGCUAUGAUGUAAAGCCACUCAGCUAUGAUGUACAGCCACUCAGCUAUGAUGUACAGCCACUUAGCUAUGAUGUACAGCCACUCAGCUAUGAUGUACAGCCACUCAGCUAUGAUGUACAGCCACUUAGCUAUGAUGUACAGCCACUCAGCUAUGAUGUACAGCCACUCAGCUAUGAUGUACAGCCACUCAGCUAUGAUGUACAGCCACUCAGCUAUGAUGUACAGCCACUCAGCUAUGAUGUACAGCCACUCAGCUAUGAUGUACAGCCACUCAGCUAUGAUGUACAGCCACUCAGCUAUGAUGUACAGCCACUUAGCUAUGAUGUACAGCCACUCAGCUAUGAUGUACAGCCACUUAGCUAUGAUGUACAACCAAUUAACUGUGAUGUACACCCAAUCAGCUAUGAUGUACACCCAAUCAGCUAUGAUGUACAGCCAAUCAGCUAUGAUGUACACCCAAUCAGCUAUGAUGUACAACCAAUCAGCUAUGAUGUACAGCCACUUAGCUAUGAUGUACACCCAAUCAGCUAUGAUGUACACCCAAUCAGCUAUGAUGUACAGCCAAUCAGCUAUGAUGUUCAGCCAAUCAGCUAUGAUGUACAGCCAAUCAGCUAUGAUGUACAGCCAAUCAGCUAUGAUGUACAGCCACUUAGCUAUGAUGUACACUCAAUCAGCUAUGAUGUACACCCAAUCAGCUAUGAUGUACAGCCAAUCAGCUAUGAUGUACAGCCAAUCAGCUAUGAUGUUCAGCCAAUCAGCUAUGAUGUACACCCAAUCAGCUAUGAUGUACAACCACUCAGCUAUGAUGUACAACCAAUUAGCUAUGAUGUACACCCAAUCAGCUAUGAUGUACAGCCAAUCAGCUAUGAUGUACAGCCAAUCAGCUAUGAUGUUCAGCCAAUCAGCUAUGAUGUACAGCCACUUAGCUAUGAUGUACACCCAAUUAGCUAUGAUGUACAACCACUCAGCUAUGAUGUUCAGCCAAUCAGCUAUGAUGUACACCCAAUCAGCUAUGAUGUACAGCCACUUAGCUAUGAUGUACACCCAAUCAGCUAUGAUGUACACCCAAUCAGCUAUGAUGUACAGCCAAUCAGCUAUGAUGUUCAGCCAAUCAGCUAUGAUGUACAGCCACUUAACUAUGAUGUUCAGCCAAUCAGCUAUGAUGUACAGCCACUUAGCUAUGAUGUACAGCCAAUCAGCAACCACAGUGCCAUCUCAUUUGUAACAAUAUAUAUUUAUAUCUAUAUAUAUUCAGUUAAAACAAGCCCUUCUGACAUCUAA